GAAUUAUCAUGGCUGUCAGUUAUGUAGUGAUGUAUAAUGUGCAAAACUAUUGUUAAUUUAUGUGCAGAACAUGGUGUUCCCUCUAGAGUUCAGAUCUAGUACUUACUCCCCGAAGAACAUGAAUGCGGGAUUCACUGCAUUGUCUUUCUGUGCUAGGCUGUCAGUAAGGAAAUAAGCAGUGCUGCCACAGUCACUACCCAUAAGUUGCAUGGAAUCUUCCAUAUAAAUGCAGAAGACAACUGUUAAAAGUGAUUAUUUUUAAAUAGAUCAUCUGUGACAGCCAGAAUGAUGUGGCAAGGUUUACGUGACAGCAGUAAAAGUGUGACAGGUUGUGAUACACAGCAGCAUGCAUGCAGGAAGCCAGUUCAGAAAAGAGCAAAGCUUAGCAACAUGUUAGAUGCUGAUGACAUUCUGCAGUCUUCAUAUAAUGGCAUCAGAACACCUGUCUGUGGGUUUGACAGGCUAAGAAACAGUUUCUAUGAUGUGCCUUGUGAAGAUCUGGCCAAGAGACUCCUGGGUAAAGUCCUUGUGAGAAGAUUAAAUGAUGGAACAUUUAUUAAAGGCCGCAUUGUGGAAACGGAAUGUUACCUUGGAGGUGAAGACAAAGCUUCUCAUUCAUAUAAUGGACGGAUCACAGAAAGGAGUAAACCUAUGUACAUGAAGCCAGGGACAAUCUAUGUGUAUAUAACAUAUGGCAUGUAUCACUGCUUCAACAUAUCUAGUAAAGGUGCAGGGGCAGCUGUUCUGUUGCGGGCACUGGAACCCCUGGAAGGACUGGAAUGCAUGCAGCUGCAGAGACAGAAAGGAAGAAAGUCUCCGUCAUCACAGAAAGAGCUGAGAGCCCAAGACUUGUGUAAUGGUCCAGCGAAACUGUGCACGAGUUUCAGUAUUACUAAAUCAUCUUGUAACGAACAGGACUUGACGACAUGGGAUGGAAUGUGGAUACAGGAAGAUGAGUCAUCUGAUCCAUGUGAUAUUGUGACAUCACACCGAAUCGGGAUUGAUUCAGUUGGUAGUGAAUGGGCAUCCAAACCUUUGCGUUUCUAUCUGCUGGGAAAUUCAUCGGUCAGUCGCAGAGACAGAGGGAGGGAGAAAGAGCUUCAGGAAAUGGUGAGACAUUCCUACUAAAGACAGACUUAAGUUAAGGUGUAAUAUUCACCAAUUUUGUCUGUCCUUCAGUACAUUUUCACAUUAAGGGAGCUGUAAGUGAAGCUACUUCGUGAUGUAGAUGUCUGCUGUGUUGCUACUGCCAGUCUUUAAUAAAUAUCUAAGAAGAAAUCAAAAAGAAAGUUUUCAUGACAAGUUUACAUUGAUUUUUAUAUUAACUGAAAAAAUAAAAUACUAUAAAAAUAAGUGAAUAAUUAUGUACAUUAUUUUCACACACAAACAUCAUGUACACAACUAAUAUAUAACAUUGACACACAGUUACUUAAUUAUAAAAUAUGAGGCAGGCAUUUCACUUGUGUUUUAAUGCUAGUGGGGUGGGACUAAGUCCCUUGUA